CCCGGAGUGUGUGUGUGUAUUACAGUGACUCGGUGUGAAUGUGUUUGUUGUCAUGAGAAAGAUGUUGAGUGUGAUAUCUACAGUGUUGAGGGGCAGCGCGGCCCGGAAUGGGCUUGAUCUUGUGUCUGAGAGUAGCAGAGUGAUAAUGUCAGCUAGGACCUACGCAGACUUCACCACUCAGGCCACCUUCGACAUUAAGAAGUGUGAUGUGCAUAAGCUGGAGGAGGGGCCAUCAGAGAAGGCGGUUCUAACAAGGGAGGAGGGGCUUCAGUACUACAGAACCAUGCAGGUGAUAAGGAGAAUGGAGCUGAAAGCUGAUCAGCUCUACAAACAGAAGAUCAUACGUGGCUUCUGUCACCUAUAUGAUGGACAGGAAGCAUGUGCAGUGGGGAUUGAAGCUGGAAUAAACCUCACAGAUCACCUCAUCACAGCUUACCGUGCUCACGGAUACACACUCACCAGGGGCGGCACUGUGCGCGAGAUCAUGGCCGAGCUCACGGGUCGUCGUAGUGGUAUUGCUAAAGGAAAGGGUGGUUCUAUGCACAUGUACGCCAAAAACUUCUAUGGGGGAAAUGGAAUUGUGGGAGCGCAGGUCCCAUUGGGUGCUGGAGUCGCGCUGGCCUGUAAAUACAAGGAGAAGAACGAGCUGUGUGUCUGUCUCUAUGGAGACGGAGCAGCCAAUCAGGGUCAGAUAUUUGAGACAUAUAACAUGGCAUCUUUGUGGAAGUUGCCAUGUAUUUUUAUCUGUGAGAAUAAUAAAUAUGGCAUGGGGACAUCUGUGGAGCGAGCAGCAGCGAGCACUGACUACUACAAACGAGGAGACUUCAUCCCUGGGCUGAGGGUGGACGGUAUGGACGUGUUGUGUGUUAGAGAGGCCACCAGAUUCGCUGCAGAACACUGCAGAUCUGGGAAGGGCCCAAUUCUGAUGGAGCUCCAGACCUACCGUUACCAUGGACACAGCAUGAGUGACCCCGGCGUCAGUUACCGUACACGUGAAGAGAUCCAGGAGGUACGCAGUAAGAGCGAUCCUAUCUCCUUGCUGAAGGACCGCAUGAUCAGUAACAACAUGGCCAGUGUGGAGGAGCUCAAGGAAAUCGAUGUAGAAGUGAGAAAGGAGAUUGAGGAUGCAGCCCAGUUCGCCACCACAGACCCUGAGCCUCCACUGGAGGAUUUGUGUAAUCACAUCUUCUACAACAAUCCUCCUAUAGAUGUGCGUGGCACUAACCCCUGGGCCAAGCUCAAAUCCGUCAGCUAAAUACACACCACCAGUGAACACUGUAUACACACACACAGUUUAAAGCUUUGUCCUUCUCCUAAGUAAAGAGAAAAAAUAUCACUAAUAAUAAAUACUGCCUGUGUGUGAGCUCAUGUGAUUUGCUGAAUUAAAUGUAGCAUUAAAUCUAUCAACAGCAGAACAGAAGAGCGAAAGGUGUUAAUACAUUUGAAAUUGUGUGUCACUAGUGAUCAUAUGACCCUGUGUGUGUUCAGUGAUUUAUUAUUUAUAAGAGUUUUAUUUAAUUGCCAAAACAAUUUGUGACUGAAUUAUUUACAGCAGAAUGAAAACACAGGAUUGUGGGAAAUGUUACAGAUUUGCUCUUGUUGUGUGUGUGUGUGUGUGUGUGUGUGUGUGUGUUACUGGUUUAGAAUGAUAGUUUAUUUCAGUUCUAUAACAAUAAGGACAGGGUGUAUAAGUCAGAAGAUCCCACUUCUGGAAUAUCAUUCGCUCUGGUCAAGGGCACAGUCAUUAAAGUGAAAUGUGGUCAAAGGUCA